AUGGAAGUGACGCGCUGUGGCAUUCAUGCCUUUCACGAAACCCUGGGCAUCGACGUUGAUGAGAUCCGGUUCUACUGGGUGGUUCACUCUGAGCUCGAACACGCUUCCCAAAGUGCCUACCGUAUCGUCGUUGCUUUAAACGCAACAGCACUCGAUGAUGGUUCAAGCUCUCAAGUCGUCUGGGACUCGGCCAAAGUCGAAAGCAAUGCCCAGAGAAACAUUCUCUGCAAGCCGGAUGGCGGCUUCAAGUCCGCGUCAUUCCACUUCUGGAAAGUGACCGUCUGGGACCAGGACGGACAGGCUUCGUCAAGCGGCGUCAACGAGUUCUUUACGGCGUAUCCAAGAUCAAGCAGACUUUUGCCGCCGUACAGCAUGAACCAAACCUACAUGCCCCAUACCAGCCUCAUCUUCCGCACCUGGUUCGAAGACGAAGCAAACCGCUGGAAAGGAGUCUGGAUCGGCGACAGCAGCGACAAACCCUUCUACCUCCGCAAACACCUCCACCUCCCCCGCAAACCCUCCCGCGCCAUCGCCUUCGCCUCCGGUCUGGGCCACUUUAACCUCUCCUGCAACGGCGCUCCCGCGUCGACGCAUGUCCUCGACCCAGGCUGGACAAAUUACCACCGCACGGUACAGUUCGUCGCCUACGACCUCAGCGAUGCGCUGACGCAGGGAGACAACGUUGUCGGCGCGCACGUGGGCAACGGGUUCUACGCCGGUGAUAAGGGCGGCGACGAUCGCUUCUUUUGGCCCAUGUACGAGGAUAACACGUACGUGCGGUACGGUAACGAGUUAUGCUUCUUUGCGGAGCUGCAUUUGUUCUAUGAGGAUGGGAGUCGGGAGACGGUGAUUUCGGGACCGGAUUGGAAGACGAGGAAGAGCGCUACCACGUUGGCGAAUAUCUACGCGUCCGAGGAUAAGGAUUUGCGGGCGUAUCCUAAUGGGUGGGAUACGUCCGGCUUCGAUGACGGGGAGUGGAUUGCUUCGACGCCUGUGACCGGGCCGAGGGGAAAACUGAGGUACCAGAGCCAGCCGCCGGUCAUACUUCACGAGACGGUCGAGCCGGUUUCGAAGAAGACGUUGGAGAGGGGUGUCGUGACGUUUGACCUGGGGCAAAACAUGUCCACCAUGAUUCGCAUCCAAGUCAGCGGCCCGGCCGGCGCACAAGUCAUCGUCAAGUUCUCCGAGAGCGUAGACGAGACGGGCCGCGUGCUGAUGCCGGACCCCCUUUUCAAAGACUUUGAAACAAAGGUCUUUUCCAAGAUCACGCUCGCGGGCAUAGGCGACAUUGAGACGUGGGAGCCGGACUUUAGCUUCACCAGCGCGCGCUACAUCCAAAUCGAAGGCGUCUCUUUACAGACGGGCGAAGACCUCCCCGUCGUCCACUCCGUUGUCGGCAGGCACAUCUCCUCCGCCUCCCGGAGACUGGGCACCCUCAAGACAGACAAGCCGGACGCGAACGCCCUCAUAGACAUGUGCUACUGGUCCUUUGUCAGCAACUUGUUCAGCUACCACACCGACUGCCCGCAAAUCGAGAAGUUCGGCUGGCUGGAAGUCACGCACCUCCUCGCGCCGGCGACGCAGUACAUCCGCGACAUCGAGGCCCUGCACUCCAAGAUCCUGGACGACAUCGCAGACGCGCAGGAGUCCGACGGGCUCGUGCCGACGAUGGCGCCAGAGAUUCGGUACAUGUGUGGUCCGCUGCACGAUACGAUCACCUGGGGCGGGGCGGUUGCCUUGAUCCCAGAGAUUCUGAAGAAGUAUUACGGCUCGACGCAUACGUUUGCGAAGCUGUAUCAGCCUUGUGUGCGGUAUAUGGAGUAUCUCCGGACAAAGGAACGUCAGGGGGGUUUGAUCGAGCACGGAUUGGGUGAUUGGGGCCGCGAUAUCGCGUUUGGGAACCACCAGGCCAACAUCGAGACGGCGAUCUACUACAAGUGUCUCCGCAACGUCGAGUUAAUGGCCAAGGAACUCGGCUACGCGAACGACGAGAAAAGGUGGCGCGCGUGGGCUGACCGCAUCUACGAGACGUACAACCGCCACCUCCUCGUCACCGACAAGACGGAACACCCUUAUGCCUUCUACACCUCCCUCGACGAACCCGGAACCCACGACCGGACGAUGAUCGCGCAGGCUAUGGCGCUGCAGUUCGGCCUCGUCCCGGAAGAGCACGUAGCGGACGUCCAACAAGCCUUCCUGGACGACGUGGCAGACUGUCGGAUCCGCGCUGGCGAGAUCGGGCUCAAGUGGCUCUGGAACACUUUUACCGACGUCGACCGCCCGGAUAUCGUGAUGGCGAUGGCGCGGCAGGAAGAGCACCCGUCGUACAUGCGCUUCCUCCGCCGCGGGGAGACGACUCUGAAUGAGUUUUGGCAGGAUGCGUGCCGGAGUAAGUGCCACGACAUGCUGGGCACGAUUUACGAGUGGUUUUACGAGGCUGUGUUGGGGGUGCGGGUCGAGGAGGAUGGGUAUAAGACGUGGAGUGUCAAGCCGCCGUUGAGGGCCGAGUUUGAUUUUGUGGAGGGGACGUUUGAGUGUCCGUAUGGGUUGAUUGAGGUUACGUUCAAGCGUGAGGGCGGGGAAGUGAAGAUGAGGGUUGUUGUGCCGACUAGUACGAAGGGGACUUUGGUGUUACCGAGGGAUGAGAGCGCGGUUGAGAUUAGAAGGGAGGGGGGCGCGGGUGUGAAGGGUGCGUCUGGGAAGAGGGUGACGCUGCUGCCAGGUCGGUAUGAUUUGGUUCUGCAGCCAUAG